UUAUUAUUUUGUUGACCCAAUUAAAGGUCAAUGUUACAAUGGCGGCUCUGGGGACGGUUUGUCGUAGUGGCAGAUUAUUUCGUUGUUUACCAUCAAUUGUAAAUGGAUGUGUAUCAAACAGUUGUAUGGUUGAGAGCAAACAGUCAUUUUUACCUGAACGUCACUUCAACCUGCAGCCAUGCUACUUUACACAGAGUUACCGAUGUUUAUUUCAACUUCCCAAGUUUAAGAGUCCACUUGGUAAAGGAAAAAAACAGGAAUAUUCUGAGAGAAGAUUACUAGGAUACAGCAUGGAACAAAUGUACACGGUGGUGUCUGAGGUGGAGCAUUAUAAAAAGUUUGUGCCGUGGUGUAAGGAAUCCACCAAGUUUGGAGAGAGACCGGGCCACUGCCAGUGUAUACUGGAGGUGGGCUUCCCCCCACUAUCGGAGCGGUACACAUCCUUAGUCACCCUCGCCAAACCAAACCUUGUGCGGUCUGAAUGUACAGAUGGAAAACUGUUUAACCACAUGUUGACAAUAUGGAGGUUCCGACCUGGUUUACCAGAUAAUCCAAAUACAUGCAUUUUAGACUUCUCUGUUGCCUUUGAGUUUCGGUAUGCCAUACACUCUCACAUGACACAAAUGUUCUUCGAUGAAGUGACUAAGACAAUGGUGAAUGCUUUCCUGAAGAGAGCUCGACAGUUAUACGGGCCAGAAACAAUUAAAAGCAGACAGCUGAAAGUGUCAGUCAGCAGUUGAUGAAGGCUUUGGGCUAGCUGUCAAAUAGGUUUUAAUUUAGCAUCAUGUUGAAUUUUUUUGUUUGAAACAGUAUAAAUGUUAUGAAGAGGUUGAAAGCUGAAACAUUUGUGAUAUGCAAGAGAAAGGUUUACUGUUUUAAAGUUUUAUUCCAUUAAGAAUGUAGAGAUGUCAGUUUAGUUAGGAAUGAGUUCUAAUUUCUUUUAAAGAAAGGAAAUACAGGUUUUGAAUGCUGCAUAUAUUUUAGAAGAGAAAUUUGUGCUGUAACCAGAAGGUACAUGUUUAUAUUUAUUGAGUGCAAGGAAUUCUGUGUUUUAAAUAGGAUUUUAUGUUCUAGCUUAGAUCUGCUUCAUGUAUUAAGCUUUGAUUUGUACUCUAGGGCUGGUUUCUGUCCAGACGUGAUAACCUUUUUUUAAACCUUGGACACUGUUUUUUGUAACAUGUUCAUCAAUGUUUAAUGAAUAGAAAUUGAAUGAUUUUGUUAUUUAAAAUGAGAAAAAUUAAUGUAACAAGUGGUUUCCUGCGUUUUGAGUUACCGAAACAUACUGGUGUAUGCAUAUUAGUAGGAACUGAUUAGUAUGAAUGUACACGGAAUUUGUCUGAAAGUGAAACCACUUUGUCUAGAUUGAAAGAUACCCUAUGUAUAUAUAUAACACUGGUUUGUAUUUUAUUAUGAUAUCCUUCAGAAAAAUACUAACUAAAAAAAUUUCAGCACUUGUUCCCAAAUCCAUUGUGGUGCAUACAGAGAGUCUUUCAAAUGUUGCAGAGUUAUAUUUGUUGUGAUUGUAUUUAUUGAUUUCUCUCCAUUUAGUUUAAUUGUACAAGGAGGGUUUUGGCCGAACAAUUUACUUGUUUGAAAUCUUCCUUGAAAUUUUUAUUUAUGUUUAAGCAUUUUUCAACUAAACAAGCUGUAAAUGUGUCCCAUUCUGAGUUUCUAUAAAUGUCUGAAUGUAAAAAACUAUAAUUUUAAAUGAAUACCCAAAUAAAAUGUAAAUAUCCAUCUUUAGCAGUGGAAAUAAAAAAUGAGGUUAAUCCACUAAUCCAAUGUUAAUAAUUUUGUUUUAUCCUGUAUUAAAGAUGGAGGUUUUAUUAAAAAUAAGUGUAGUUUUUAUUUUUAUAUCAAUUAAAAUAAAUCUUGACCUUUAAGUGAAGAGUUUAAUUGAUUGACCCUCAAAAUAUUUAAUUUUACAAUUACAGUAUUUAUAUGUUGUGGUUUUGAUUUUAUCGGAAAUGACUGCAGUUUAUAUUAAUUAUUGAGACACCCCUUCUCUCUUGCUGUAUUAAGUUUAUGUUUAGUCUCCACAAGAAAAAAGUGACACUGAAGUAUGUUAUUAUGUUGGUUUAUUCCCUUACGUUAUUUAAAACAUCAUUCAUUUUACUGUAAUUUCUUAAUGAGAAAAAUGAAGAGCCAGAUUUCAAUUUUAUACUGCAUAAUCAUUUUAAAAAUAGCUUGUUAUUCCAAUUGUUGAAUAAAUUCGCAAAA